AUGGCACCGAGUGAGAUUGACUUUUAUAACGUUCUUGGAAUCACCAGGUACGCGACAGAGGAUGAGAUAAAGAAAGCUUUCAGGAAAGCUGCCCCUUCAUGUUGCAUUUUAGAUGUGCUAAUUUGCCCCUCAGCCAAGGAUACGCAUCCGGAUAAGAACCCCGGUGACCCUUUAGCUAAGGAAAAAUUCCAGGAUCUCCAGAGGGCGCAUGAUACCUUAAAAGAUAACCUCGAACGAGCAAGGUACGACGAGGAUAAUCCUUCUCACGGAUAUCCCGAUGGUAAAUUCCCACAACACAACAAGACUAAAUCGUCAACUGCGAAGAGAUACGCCACCACUGCACAGCCUCAAUGGGGACCUCCUCCUCCGAGCACCUCCAGUUCCAGGGGAUUUGCCCACCAACAAGGAGCUCGAGCGAGCGCUUACAAGGCUACUUACGGUGGGCAUCCUGAAGGAUCCUAUCGGAAGGCUCGUUCUGGCUAUGAGUAUACCAGCUCCUCCUAUAGGUCAACCGCAGGCCAUGACGAUGGUUAUGAAUUUUACGAACAUAGGUAUCGUCCGGAGUCCAGAGAUUAUGAUAGAAGCUCUUCAAGUCGGACGGGCACCCGCCAAUCUACAACUACUCCUAACAGUAGUGCUAAAACUGCCUCAUCAUCCUCACCCCGUACGAGACCCAGUUCUACUCCUGAUCUACCGCGAACAGAUUCGGCUGCACCAACACCCGAGUUCAAUUUGGGUGCCUAUAUCAAGGAGCGCAGAGCUAGAGAGGCUGCUGCUGAGGCAGAGGCCGAGCAGAAAAGGCAGAAAGAGGAGGAAGAAGCCAUCCGAGCCAGACGGGCAGAGAUGGAGGAACAUGCAAAGAGAGCGGAAAGACUGAGGAAGGACGAGGAGAGGGCAAAUAAGGAGCGUGAGAGGAUAAAGGCUGAAAUGGAGGCUAGGAAGGCGGAAGCAGAAGCAGAAGCAGCCAGAAUCAGGAGACAGUGGGGCGAGACCAAUAAGCACCAUUCUAGAAACGUAUAUGACCAUGAAGACACACCUCCCGCCUUCCUAUUCCCUUCUGCCGAAGAGGAUUUGGAGAAGAAGGUGGACGAAGAACUUCGUACGAAGACUAAGAGUGCAGCCUCCUCUACUUCCAGGCAGAAGUCAAAACAAUCUCCCACAAAGCCAAGGCAUCAGCGCUCGCAUGAGCCUAAUAUCAAUGGGUAUGCUGAUGGCUGGAAUAAACAGGGAAAUAACAGCGACAAUCCGGGCGGCUUUGCUUAUCCAUUUCCCCAGGAUGAAGACGACAACGAGCAUUUUAUGGACAAGAUGCGGAGAAGGGAAAAGGAAAGGGUGGCUACAGAGAAACAGCGAGAGACUAACUCUGGGCAAUGGGAAAACCCUUCUCGCGAAAAUGACUUAAGGACCCAUAGUAGGACCAAGAGCGAUCCAAGACCUCCCGGAAGGCGGGGAUCGUUCACUCAGCCAGAAACAGUAGGGGCUUCUUCCCCGCCUUUGCCGCGAGCUGAGCCAGAGAGACAAAGCCCUCGUAUUGCGUCUCCGAAGCCGAGACGUACUGACUCUCAGUUUCGCUUCAAAUUCGAUCCAAUUCCGGAUGGCCCAACCAGAAAAGACCCACACCGCACCCCCGUUACACCAAUAGGGCAGGAGAGCCCGCUUAGCAAACCUCCUGAUUUCCAAUUUUUCGGUCAUGAGCCCCAGAUCGAUCCCUUCAAUUACACUACUCCCGAAGAGCUUUUCCCUCCAAAGCAGUCUUUUGCUCGCCCUCAAAGUCAACCUGUGUAUCCCACUCAGCCCCAACACGUACCCGUCCCCCGACAGACCCCCCAGCCUCACACCCAGCAGCAACACCAGGCGCGACAGCCGCCCGAUGUUCAACAAUUCAAAGAAGCUCUCUGGGAUACCUUAAUAAAGACCACUGAAGCAUUCGCUUUUCGACAGGAGGUCCCGGCGGCAGCGCUAGGCAGUCCCAAGAAGAAGGUAAGCGGUUCAAGCAUUAGCAAAGGAAAGGGCAAAGGGAGGGGAUCCGUUGCCCCGGACCCUAUCAAUAUUCCGACCCAUAACCAUACGAGCGCCGAGUGUGAACAACGCCCAACAGGUACUACCGACCCUGUGAAACCAGAGCCUAUGGAGAACUCCAAAUCACAAACCAGUCACCAAACUACGGUUGAGGAUGACGUCGAUGCUAUGGAUACUGCACCAGAUACUGGAGUUCCUUCGCCGACGGUUAGUGCUAGACCCAAGUUACCGAGGCUCGGUAUCGGCCGGCCUGUGGAUGGCGACUCGGCAUCCCCGCGCUCACCUCUCCCUGGGCAAUUGGGAGGGCUCGAUAACUUGGGCAAAUUCAUGAGUAUGCCUUUCAGGCACGCCAAUGCAGGUCUCGAGAGCCUUGACGAUAUCAAAGUCAACUUACCUUUUCCACCCCAGGCAUCCAUCCAGCCGCGACAAGGUCCUACUCCCACCCUGAUGAAGAAUAGAUUCUCGAAAGGUUUCAAACCGGAUAUCCGCUAUCUCUAUGAGCCACAAACCCCGGCCGAGGAACCGUUUGCCCUUCCCGUCCCGCCGAAGAUCCCCAAGACACCGCGAGCUGUAGCCCUCGAAUCCUACAACACACUCUUCUACCUCGUCGAGCCAUACAUCAAGAAGUGGAACGAGUAUGAGGGGAAGUACAACGACCUCCACGCCCGCCUCUCAAGCUCAGGGCUCCAUGAUGUGAUAACCCUUGACGACAACACGAUCAUGAACUACAUCACCCGCGUGCGCGAGAAGGACAUGGCCCUGGAGGAUUCAUACCGCCAGGCGCGCGAGAAGCAUAUGCAGGCCCUCGAGAGCUGGGUCAAUUAUCGUAACUCAGUCCUUGGGUUGAGGCAGGGAUGACUAUCCGGGACCCCCAUCGGCAGGCACCCCAUUCUAUUCGUCAACUCUGUCUUGCUAUCUUGUACCGCAGUUGCUUUGGUUUUGGUGCAUUAUGGGAUUGUUACUGUGCCGCUUUCGUUCGAUCAGGGCGUCAACAGGCUGGAGGGGGUUCUGGGAUCGCUUUAUUCAGGAUAAAUCUCUUUUCUUGUUUAUGCCUCUUUCGAUUUUCGAUGCCCCUGCAUUGGAUUCGGUUAUGGUCUUCGGCGCUUUUCCCUCUUUUUUUCGCACUACAUGUCAAUUCAUGAGCUACCUCUUGUCCUUUCAAAUAUCCGGUUUCUUUUUUUCCAGAGUUAUAUACCUUAUAUUCACAUUUUCCUACUUUCUCUUCUUUCUUUCCCUCUAUACCAUGCUAAACCUACCUAAGUUCAACGGACGUGGCUGUCUCUCUUGGCUAAGAGGGGUUAUCACCAGGGUCGAAUAGUGGAAAAUCGGGUUUUUGUUGUCAUUUGUAUUAGUAGUGGCUUGGCUUGCAUGGAGCUUUUGGGAUACCAGAUGUUUGGGUGUAAUUAAUUGCUUUUAUUGGGGGGAUUCCGAUUUGUCUGUCUUUGAGCGGGUAGGGCAGUUGGUAAAUAUGCGUGGGAUAUCGAGUCAUGUGAUAUCACUCGGGAUUGGAUUCGCACAAUUGAGUGAGGGCUUGUAAUUGCCGAAGGAUGGGUGGGCAGGGAUUCGGUGGUGAUGGCAGAGUUUUUUUUUGUGUGUGGGUAUGAGUUUGGGCUUUGGAUAUGAAGAUGGGUGAAGAGUUUGGGAACCCAGUUUAGCUUUUUUGUUUUAUGGUAGAAUAGUUUUCGUUUGUUUGUUGCUGAAAUUGGCUAUUUAGAAAUUACCUUGAUGCAAUGGCAUUUUGCUAUAUGCUGUUGAGGCCUAUUCGCGGUUUAGUGUGGGUUUACUCUCAUACAAUGCAUUCUCUUUAAUAACACCA